GUGCACUAAGGUGUUCGAACAGAUCCCGGACUUGCCCGAAAAGAAAGCAAAGCAAGGGAUCCAAGACUGGGGCUGCUGAGUGAGGGUCUACGGACAGAGCCUUCUUUAGCCAUGGAAAAGAGUGAUGUAAUCAACUUCAAGGCCUUGGAGAAAGAGCUGCAGGCUGCACUUGCUGCUGACGAGAAAUACAAAAGAGAGAACGAUGCCAAGCUGCGAGCAGUUGAGCAAAGGGUGCCUUCCUAUGAGGACUUCAGAGGCAUUGUCCUUGCAUCACACCUGAAACCUCUGGAACAGAAGGACAAGGUGGGAGGAAAGAGAAUUGUGCCUUGGAACUGUCACACUACUCAAGACAGAACUUUUCAAGAUGUGACCACUGAAAUACCCCAGGAGCAAGCACCCUUCCAGCCCCAGACCUCUGCAGAAUUUUACCGUGAUUGGCGGCGCCACUUAAGAAGUGGACCGGAGCGCUACCAAGCCCUGCUUCAGCUUGGGGGUCCCAAGCUGGGCGACCUCUUCCAGAUGGAUGUGGGUUUUGGACUUCUCGGGGAGCUGCUGGUGGCACUGGCUGAACACUUUAGGCUUAGCGACCGGGCGGCAGUUCUGGAGAUUCUGCAGAGCUUGGCUAACACUGGGCGAUUCGCCUUGAACCUGAGCCUGCUGAAUGGUGCCGAGCGAGCGAGCUGCCUGCGCUUGUUUCAGAAGUUGCAGGCCAGUGGCAUGGAGGAGCCAUCUGCGGGACUCCAGGGAGAGGAAAGGCCCCUACAAGAGCUGCUAGAGCUGUACGGGGGUGCAUUGAUAGGACAGGCUGCCCUCAGUGGUCUUCCAAAGGAUUAAAAAACAAAACAACAACUUGUUUUACUUUAUGUCUAUGAGUGUUUUGCCUGUGUGUAUGUAUGUCCACCAUGUGGGUGCCCAGUGUCUGAGGAAGCCAGAAAGGGAGCCACUGAAAGUG